GCAUGCGUAUCAUAGAGGGUCUGAAUGAAAAGUGAUGCAGUAUUUUGAUUAAAAAUCUGUCAUUAAAAUGCCUUUUUUCUCGCAGAAUACGCCUUUCGACCAAGAUGUCGAAAAGGCAACCAGUGAAAUGAAUACAACUGAGGACUGGAGUCUCAUUCUUGACAUUUGUGAAAAGGUGUCAAGGACACAGAAUGGAUCCAGAGAUUGCCUUAAGUCUGUUGUGAAGAGAUUAAAUCAUAGAGUUCCUUUUGUAUCCAUGCAAGCAUUGACACUGUUGGAUGCAUGUAUCAACAACUGUGGACGUCCCUUCCACUUGGAAAUCUGCUCCCGGGACUUUGUGUCUGAAUGUCGAACUCUCAUCAACCAAAAGGCUCAUCCUAAGGUGGCACAAAGGUUGCGUUUUAUGAUAAAAAAAUGGGCAGAAAUGUCAGAGUUCAAGGAUGACCCUGCACUCAACUUAAUUCCAUCAUUCUAUGACAGUCUCAAGAAGGAAGGAACUGAUUUUUCUGAUCCUGAUGCAGGGCCAAAGAAAGUUGAGACUACCGUUCGAGAAGGACAACAGGAGGAGGAUGAUAUUGCCAAAGCUAUUGCACUGUCCCUGCAAGAGGCAGAUAAAUCUGCCAAGACAACCAGUCUGUACCCAACUAGUUUUAACACGUCUACAGGAGGAGCAUCAGCCGUGUAUGCAACACCUAGACCCAGAGAACCUAGGAAGGUUCGAGCAUUGUAUGACUUUGAAGCUGCAGAAGAUAACGAGCUCACAUUCAAGGGUGGAGAAUUAAUUAGUGUGUUAGACGACAGUGAUCCCAACUGGUGGAAAGGUUUUAACCACCGUGGUGAGGGACUGUUUCCAGCCAACUUCGUCACUGCAGACCUGUCGGUAGAACCAGAAGAAAGCAAGCCUGAAAAGAAGACUGUACAGUUUAAUGAACAAGUAGAAGUGAAAACUGUUGAACCGUUGCCAGACGAGGUGGAGAUAGAUGAGAGUAAGAUAGAUGAGACGUUACAACUGAUACAAAAUGCAGAUCCCACUGGUGAGACGCAGCCAGAUUCCCAGGAACUCCUGAACCUUGAAGAGCAAUGUAAAGUAAUGGGUCCAUUGAUAGAUACCGAACUAGAGAAGAUAGAUAAGAAACAUGCUCAGCUGGUCGACCUGAACAAGAAGGUGAUGGAGGCACUGCAGAUGUACCACUCACUGAUGAGGGAGAACCCAGCAUUCAACUACACCAUGAAGGGGCCACAGGGCUUCACUCCAGGCAUGAUGCCCCCAGCACCAGCACCAGCUGCAGCUCAGAUGACACAGCCAAUGUACAAUGGACAACCUCAAUAUGCUACUCAAGGCCAAAUGCCCUCUGGUCCAGGGCAGGUGCCACCAGCGCAAGGUCAGAUGCCACAAGGUCAAGGUCAGAUGCCACCAGGAUCAGUGAUGCCACCACCUCAGAGUUUCUCACCCCCACUCUCUAGUCAACAACAACAACAACAAUAUUCCAGCCUCUCCACUCAAAUGCCACAGUCGACAUAUGCUAGCCUACCCUCAGCUAACAAUUUACCAAUGGCCUCCGGUCCCACGAAUCUGCCACAGCAGCCUGUUCAAAAUGGCGGUGCUAUGCCCACACAGUUAGCGGGGCAGACAGGGAGCUAUCAAAGUCUGCCGCCUCAGACAGUGUACCAGCCUCCUCUUCAGCAGCAGCCAUUACUGUGAGUCAGGAGUGGACAAGCUUGUAUGUGCAAAAUGGGGAUGUCUUUGUGCUCGUCAUUUCAUGACUCCAAUCGGACGCAAUCAGUGAUGAAGUGACAGAGAUUUGAUUGUGUGACAGUGUGUACAGCCUUGCCAUUACAGUUGUCACAAGGAAGCAUGAAUGUAAGCAUGGAUUUUAACAUGCAUGUGUAACAUGUAACACAGGCAUUGGAAUGUAGCUACCUUCCUGUAAGGAUUCAAAAGAUAAUUUAUAAAAGCCUAAUUUUAUAUUCUUCUCCUUGCUGAUUAAUUUUCAUAAUGUUGAUGUUCCUAUGGUUGAAUGCCCAUCAAGAGAACAGGAAGAGCUACCUUUGUUUCAUUCGGGUACAAUUGAUUUUUAAUGAAGAUGCCAUUUAUCAUCAUUGUUUUUGAUUUUGAACAGAACUGAAGAUGAUUUUUCUCUUACAGUGUUGUGAAAACUGCAUGGUGACAAAAUGGCUUCUGAAGUAAUCUCAUUUUACGUCAUGUACAAAAAUACAACCCUCCUUAUGCAUUUCGUGAUUUAGAAAGUCCCUUACCGAUUCCAUAAUUCUGAAGUGUGAAAAGGGGGUUGCCCCAUAACUGUAAUUAAAUUAUUCCUCAUAUGCAAGAAAAUAUCUUACUUCUCAUUGUGCUUACGGUACUGCAGAGUGAUGACAAGUGGCCACCGCAUGAAUGAGACAAUGCACAGUUUAUCAUGACUUGUUGUGGUACAUUUCAAAGUGACUGAAACAUGUAUCUGUGAAGUUAUGUUGUGAACAAAUAGUCUUGUUUUGGUUUCUCAUUUCCUUGGAACAGUGUAUGUCAGUUUGAUCCUCAUUUCAUAAUGCACACUCUCUCACUCUCUCUCGACAUGUUCCUUAGUACCUCAGUCAUUUAUUUGUUUAUAUUGAAAUGCACAUGGUUCAUUUAGAUUUAUGGCAUUACCUAACAAUGUUUUCACCCAUUCAUGUGUAGCUUUUCAUUUUCUUUUAUACUGUUAAUUAAGAUUGAUGUAAAUCCAAAAUGUUAUAUAUCAUUCUGGAAUUUAGUACUAAUAUUCAUGUAAAAUGAAGAAAGACUGAAUGUACAUUGGUUACACCCAAGUAUAAGUUCUUUAAGAAUUGGUAUAAAUACCUGAUGAUUUAUAAAAUGAGCAUGGAAUUUUGUUAUGUGAUACUCAAAAAGAUUAAAGGACGACCUGAUUCUUUCAUAUACUAUGAAGAAUUUAGGUGGUGCUUAACCUUUUUAGUAGUAUAUCAUGCCCCAUGUGCACAUGUAUCAAAGGGUAAUUGUUCCCACUGAUCUUCUUGUGAAAGGAGGGUAGAGCUCAGACUCCAUUAUGGGGAUUUUCAUGUUUGAAGAGUCAACAUAGGCAAUUUUGCAGUUUUGGCCAGUUUUAAAAUCCAAAUAUACAUUCUGCUGAAUGAUAUGUCAUCAUGAUCAUCCUGUACUAAUUUUGAAACGCAAGGAGUAGCAUAAGUCUAAACUUGAACAACAUAACAUUAACAAUUUUCAGUGUUGCCCUAAGAUUGUCAGUUGCUAGGAUGGUGAAGCAAUACUGUGUCUCAAUCCGAUCAGCCCUGGUUUGACUGUGAGUAGAAUGUGUAACGUGUGAUAAAGAGUCUGCAGGAAACACGACAUCACCACCUUUAGCCAGACAAACGCCAGCUAAUCAAAAUGUGAGUUUGUCAAAGUCACAAACUGAAGCUUGUAUUCUUCAAAAACAUUGCCUGGUGUAUAAAGUGAAUCUUAGUCUACACUUAGCACCCAACAGUGUGAUAAAAGGCAGUAAGUAUCUCUCCUGUUUCAUUAAUUCAAAUAAAUAUUCCACAAAAUCCAAGCAAAUUUGGGCAUAUAUACAUAUAUAUAUAUAUUGUCUCUAUGUUUCAACUGGAGAUUACUGAGAGGCAGCUGUUAGGCUGAGAUAUUUAUCAUUGAGAAAAAGAGUCUGCCAUAGAUCUCAACAAGAUAAUGAGUUCUUUGAAUAUGUACAUGAGAAAAUAUUUUUGAAUAAUCUUUAUGUGAUGCAAAG